AUUCAAUGUUUCCACGUGGCUUAUCCGCCAUAAUCAUCACGACUAGCCCAUAUACUACAUAGUACGCACGACACCAAUUACCACCCCGCCCCCCAAAUAAUAGCCUUAAUGAGGGCAUCUUUGCUGCUCAGAACAACAGCCCUUCAGGACAAGACAAUCGGCAAAGCCACCCGGUCAGAGCCCCGCAUCAAGAGACCGGGGAUGCAGUGGGACGCCAGUGGGCCGUGCCUCGGUACUUGGCUGUCGAACAUUCCAAGUUGCGGGGUCGGUCGCAGGGGAGCUCUCCCCUGCGGUGUCCCACUGGACCCCUUAUCCCCGACCAGCCGACCAGCACUGCUGUGGCCGCCCGCAAUGGAAACCAGAUCGUGGGCUAGCCAGGCAAGCAAGCAAGAUCCAUGGAUGCCGCCCACCCUUACCUCGACUGCCGUUGGGAAACCCAGCUCCCAGCUCCUGGGCAGGGACACGUCCCGAGCGCUGUUGCCCAGGUGGUUCCGGGGUGGUGGGUCCUCCUCGGCAGCAGCACAAGUCCCGAGUACCAUUGCGCGACCACCUGGGCAGAUUCCGUACAAUUGAGCCUCACGAACUCCUGCUACGUCCUGUUGUUGCUGCCAGUACUUGCCCUCUGAAACUGAAAUCGCCAGGCGAUCCCAUUGUUACAACAACUUGGACAACCUGGGGGCCCUCCUGGACCUGCGUGGCGUCGGCACAUCAAAAUGGCCAGCGUCGUACAACGAGGCCCUGGUGGCAGCAUCACCUACAAGGCAGCCGAGCAGGUCGAAUUACCCAGAUUGGACCUUCUUACGGCGCUCUUUGGUAAACAAAACCUCCCCCCGGGAACUGCUAGUGCAACCUUGGGGACUAAUAGUGCUCCCACGCCAGAUUCCAAGAUUUGCGAAGCCGACGAGCAGACACCAUUUAGCACCGACGCCGCCGACCCGGAGCACAAGCAACUCACGAAAGCCGGCGCGCGGCAGCUCACGACACAGCUCGCAUACGCCUUGCGAAGCUCCUACGGCAUAGGGCGGCAGGGCCGCAACAAAGAUGUGGUCCUCGUAAAUACCCAAGGCCAUUAUAUGCUGCCUGUCCUCUUCUACUCGACCAUCGCAGCCGGCGGAAUCUAUAGCGCCACGAGCCCUUCUUCCACGGCGAGCGAGCUGGCAUACCUGAUAGGGCUGGUCGAACCCAAGGUGAUAAUAUGCGACGUGCACACAAAGGCGGCAACGGAAGAGGCGGUGCGGCAGCUGAAGUUCGGCGCGGAGCGGCUCCUCCUCCUUGGCGAUGGCACCACGCUUGAACUGAGCGUCCAGGGGAGCGGCAAGAGGGUAGAGCUCUCACCUUCCAGGACCCUGCAGUGGGAGCGCAUCACCGACCAGAGAGAGUUGGACGAGUCGAUCAUCUGUGUACUCUUCUCUAGUGGGACGACUGGCUUGCCCAAGGGCGUCAAGCUGAGCCACACGAACCUGUUUGCCGCGGCAUAUCUGAACAUGGAGCCGAGGAGGGCAUGGGAAGCGCGCGAGCGGCCGGGCCUAAAGUACAUCACUUUAGCACACCUCCCCGCUGCGCACAUCGCAGGCGUACAGGGUUAUCUCGUCAACGUACUUUACCGUGGUGGCACGGUCUACUGGAUGCCCAAGUUCGACUUUGCCAAGUUCAUCGAGUACAACAAGCGGUACAGGAUCACACAUUUCUUUAGUGUGCCACCCAUCUUUCUCGCCGUUGCCAAAUUUCCCGGACUACGCGAUCAGCUCGACACGAUCGACCAUGCGUACAGUGGAGCAGCGCCCCUGGGCGCACAGCUUCAAGCCGAGGCAGAGAAGAAGAUGGGCAAGGGUCAGGCGAGUCUGACGCAAGUCUGGGGGCUGACCGAGACAACUGGUGCAAUCACUAACGCACCGCCUGGGGAGACCAACUUGGCAGGAAGUGUCGGCUCGCUAGUAGCUAACCACGAGGCCCGGAUCGUAGACGAGGCAUCCAGAGACGUCGCUCCUGGUGAGAGAGGUGAGAUCUGGGUCCGGGGGCCGGUAGUAACCAAAGGAUACUGGAGAAACAGCAAGGCCGACGCUGAGAGUUUCGUUGACGGGUGGUUCUGCUCGGGAGACAUUGGGUUGUGUGAGAACGGCACGCUCUACAUUGUCGACCGGAAGAAGGAGCUUAUCAAGUACAAGGGUCUGCAGGUGGCCCCAGCAGAGCUUGAAGCAACGCUUCUGUCCCAUCCGAUGAUUGCAGAUGCAGCAGUGAUCGGGGUCGAGCAAGACGACACAGAGGUGCCAAGGGCGUAUGUUGUGCCAGGCACCAAAGAUCUUACAAGUGAGCAGAUCCGCAGCUGGGUGGAUGGCAAGGUUGCGAACCACAAGAGGCUGCGGGGUGGCGUCGUGCUGGUAGAUGCGAUUCCAAAGAGCCCCGCGGGCAAGAUCCUGCGGAAGAUCCUCCGUGAUCAAGCAAAGGCGGAAAAGAAGAUGGCUAAAUUGUGAGCGCAUACGCGUUGCUCUGUGUCCAGGGGCCGUAUAUAGGACUGCAAGCGAUUGAUGCAAAAUUGAAGGCGUUUUCCAUUUUCCAACUCCACGUCGCGGUGGCCUUCAUCUUUGCCACGCUGUAUCAUGGCAAGCACGAGUUCCCAUCUGUAGUCAAGCCCCACGGGUUCUGCUGACGUUGAGGUAUCCCAGGUUGAAGUCCUGAUGCCAUGGUCCUGAGGUUAGGCUUCAGCAGUGGCUCGGAAAUCGGUCUGGGCUGCGGGAGUCGGUGUUCUGCCGGCCCGGGUGCCCAGUGGUAAUGACGAUCCACGGCCCAGCUUGAAUCAGACCGCCGACUGCACGAGAAGCAGGUUGGUUGUACGUCGAAGGUCACAGCACUGGCAGGCGCCACGUGCCAGGCAUCAUUGAUGUGUGCCUUCGCCAUGCCAUGCCAUGCCAUGCCGCGACGAACUGGACGAUUGACGUCGACCAAGGUGACACCCGCAACGCGCCGGCUCGAAGCUAGUUGUACAGUAGUCUGUAGUGUCCCGACUGCUUCCGUCGGGGUGGUCAGCCCUGGGGGUGGAGUCAGCAGCGAGCCCAGCGCCCAGGGCAGGGAACUUGACAGCUUGAUUGCUGCGCACAAUGCCGCCGAGCCGCAGGGCUUGCCGGUACUCCGUAAGGAUGUCAUGCCAUGUUGAUUAGGCAGGUCCCUUGCACUUGUACAUGGUACAAGUGCCUAGGGAGGUUGCCCUUCGGCAAGAGAAGAGGCACGCAGGGAAGCCAUACUGGACUGCCAGAUAUCUCCUGGGUAGAUACCACAGCACAAGGACUAUAGGUGCGCUCAUGUGAAGUGCCUUGCUCGAGUCGCCGGGGCGGUGGUCGUCGUAAUCUAUGGUUCGUUUCAUCCCCUUUCUCAAAGUCAAGUCAUCUGCAUUUCCGCUGGUGCAAAAAUUAGAAUAGCCUGCAUUGGAUAUCGAAACCCGGUCGAUCCAGGGGCUGGGUGGGUCCAGAGGAAGUCUUGUUGCCAGCAGCCAGGGCAGCCCAUCAGUCAGUGGUGCUCCCAAGGAACCCCAUAGGCUGUGGCGGGGGGAUUGGCCCGCCACCCAGACAGCCAAUUCUUCUCAUCAGACCUGGGGGGGUUUGCGUUCGGCACCUGGGCCCUCGACGGGGAGACAGGCAGGCCCUCGAGUCGCACUCUGGCGCAGUGACUGGUGCCUCCGAUUGUUUUUAGAGAGAGGGGG